CAACAAUGAGGCUGAAGCCUUGAAACCAUCCACCGUGGAAAGGGAGAGGGAGUGGUCAAAGAGGGAGGGCCACUCAAAUUCCUAAACCCUAAUAACCUAAAAAGCUUAAUUGAUCGAUUGGCCUAAAUUAAUCGACGAAAUGACCAGCCAAUCGGUGUCUCUCCCGCCGGCAUCCCGCCGGAAUUCUUAUAGAAGAGGUCCUUCUGCCCCUGAGAAGUCUCACACAUCCGACAAUGCCAAGCCGACUUCUCCUUCUUCUGUUGGUGGUGAGAGGACGGUGAAGAAGCUGAGGUUGUCCAAAGCUCUCACCAUCCCGGAAGGAACCACUGUGUCGGAGGCUUGUAGGCGGAUGGCAGCUCGUCGUAUGGAUGCAGUGUUGCUCACCGAUGCCAAUGGCUUGCUCUCUGGGAUCAUUACUGGCAAGGACAUUGCCACUAGAGUAAUAGCAGAAGGGUUGAGGCCGGAGCAGACUGUGGUAUCUAAGAUAAUGACAUGUAGUCCAAUUUUUGUAACGUCGGACUCUUUGGCCAUCGAGGCACUUCAGAAGAUGGUUCGAGGUAAAUUCAGGCAUCUUCCUGUUGUGGAAAAUGGUGAAGUCAUUGCCAUGCUGGAUAUUACAAAAUGCCUUUAUGAUGCUAUCUCUAGAAUGGAGAAGGCUGCCGAGCAAGGAAGUGCAAUUGCUGCUGCAGUGGAAGGGGUUGAACGCCAGUGGGGAAGCAAUGCACCAUAUGCCUUCAUAGAAACUUUGAGGGAGCGGAUGUUCAAGCCAUCCUUGUCAACUAUAAUUUCUGAAAAUCCGAAGGUUGCAAUUGUUUCAUCAUCAGAUCCUGUCCGUGUUGCUGCAAAAAAGAUGCGGGAGUUGCGGGUUAAUUCAGUUGUUAUGAUGACGGGGAACAAAAUUCAGGGGAUACUAACUUCAAAGGAUAUCCUUAUGCGAGUUGUGGCACAAAAUCUCUCCCCCGAGCUGACUAUGGUGGAAAAGGUUAUGACACCAAACCCUGAAUGUGCAAAAGUGGAAACAUCAAUCCUUGACGCACUGCAUAUAAUGCAUGACGGGAAGUUUUUACAUCUUCCUGUUCUAGACAAAGAUGGAACUGUUGCUGCUUGUGUAGAUGUUCUGCAGAUUACUCAUGCAGCAAUUUCUAUGGUUGAAAGUAGCUCUGGAGCUGUUAAUGACAUAGCAAGCACAAUGAUGCAAAAAUUCUGGGAUUCUGCCCUUUCUUUACAGCCGCCAGAUGAUUAUGACACUCAGAGUGAAAUGUCUGCAAUCUUGACAUCAGAGGGGGCAGAUGCUGGAAGGUUAUCAUCCUAUCCUUCCCUUGGCCUUGGAAACUCAUUUUGCUUCAAAUUUGAGGAUCAUAAGGGUCGUGUACAUCGAUUCAAUUUUGGUAUUGAGAAUUUAGACGAGCUUUCGUUAGCUGUUAUGCAAAGAAUUGGUUCUAGUAAUGAUCAUAGUCAUCCUCAGCUUCUGUAUGAAGAUGAUGAAGGUGAUAAGGUUUUACUCAUCACGGACAGUGAUCUUAUUGCUGCUGUUAACCAUACUAGAUCCCGAGGACUAAAGGUUUUAAGAUUGUAUCUGGAUUUUCCUGAUUCCUCUCAGCAGAUAACAUCACAAUCAAGUGUAACAGCCGCGAAAACUCGGUGGGCCUCUUUUCACACAGGCCUAUUGGCGGGUGCCGUUGUCUUAACCAGCAUUGGCGUGCUUGUGUACUUAAAGCGCUCAAAACUAUGAGACUAAUCAUGUUCGAAUCAUCAAUUAAGUUGAAGGGUGUUUUUCUUUGAAGAAGAAUAAGAUCGACCCAAGAAAUGGCUGGCCGAUUGGAGCUGCUGUUGGUGUACGGUAGCAGGUUUGAUACUUCAACUAAUUUCAAUCCAUUAUGAUGUACAAUUCAUUUUUGUUUCACAUGUAACUCACAAUAGUAAACAGUCUGUAUGAAAAUGUAAGCAUUUUGUAUACUAUUUUGACAUGCAUGGUUCUUUUAAUGACUAAAGCUCAAUGAAGGACUGCCCUUUACUAA